AUGGAGAGAUUAUCGCAAUUAGCUAUUCAAACCACAAAUUCAAGUGCUGCUCCUGCUGCACCUGGGCAUCCUUUGGAUCCGUUGUCCCCUGCUGAAAUUAAAUCAGUUUCCAAUAUUGUUAAAUCCAAAUUUCCUGAAAAAUCAAUCAACUUUAAUACUGUUACUUUGAAAGAGCCAAUCAAGAGAGCUUACUAUGAAUGGAAAGAGAAAAAUGGUCCUUUGCCACCACGUUUGGCUUAUUAUGUUGUUGUUGCAGAUGGUGAUUCAGGAGUACAUGAAGGUCUUGUUGACAUUGGUGCCCAAGAACUUAUUGAAAUAAAGCAUACCAAUGGUGUUCAACCUAUCUUAACUCCUUAUGAUUUGCAGGUAACUGAAGAAAUUAUUAGAAAUGACCCAGAAGUUCAAAAACAAUGUGAGUUGAGUGGGGUUCCACCUAAUUCAAUGCACCAAAUUUAUUGUGAUGCUUGGACUAUCGGAUACGAUGAAAGAUGGGGUGCUUCAAGAAGGUUGCAGCAAGCAUUGGUAUACUGGAGAUCACAUGAAGAUGACUCCCAAUACUCACAUCCUUUGGAUUUCUGUCCAAUUGUGGACAUGAAUGCUAAAAAAGUUGUCUUCAUUGAUAUUCCACAAAGAAGAAGAAAAGUUUCCAAACACAAGCAUUCGAGUUUCCAUCCAAAACACGUUACUGACAAAUAUGGUACCAAGGAAAACCCUUCUGGGUAUAGACAAGAUGAUUUCCCAAUCAACAUUACGCAACCUGAAGGUGUUUCAUUUAAAUUAGACAAUCACAUCAUGUCUUGGUCCAACUUCAAAUUUCAUAUUGGUUUCAACUACCGUGAAGGUAUUGUUUUGAGUGAUAUUACCUACAAUGACCAUGGCAAUGUGAGACCACUUUUCCACCGUAUUUCCCUUUGUGAAAUGGUGGUUCCAUAUGGUGCUCCUGAUUUCCCACAUCAAAGAAAACAUGCCCUUGAUAUUGGUGAAUACGGUGCUGGUAAUAUGACUAACCCAUUGGCUUUAGGUUGUGACUGUAAAGGUGUUAUUCAUUAUUUAGAUGGUCAUGUUGUUGACAGAAGCGGUGAUGCAGCUACCAUCAGAAAUGCCAUCUGUAUUCAUGAAGAGGAUGAUGGUGUGUUAUUCAAGCAUUCCGAUUUUAGAGAUGAUUUUCAAACUACCGUUACUACCAGAGGUAAAAAAUUGAUAAUCUCUCAAAUCUUCACGGCCGCCAAUUAUGAAUAUUGUGUUUAUUGGAUUCUUAGACAAGACGGUACCAUCAAAUUAGAAAUCAGAUUGACUGGUAUUUUAAAUACAUUUAUUUGUGCUGAUGAUGAAGACAUUGGCCCAUGGGGUACUGUUGUUUAUCCAAAUGUCAAUGCUCAUAACCAUCAACAUUUGUUCUCUUUGAGAAUACAUCCAAGAAUUGACGGGGAUAACAACUCUGCUGCUACAAGUGAUGCCAAACCUUCUCCAUUCCCUACAGGUUCUACCCAAAACAUGUAUGGUAAUGCAUUCUAUUGUGAAAAGACUACAUUUAAAACUGUCAAGGAAUCGAUCACCAACUUUGAAAGUGCCACCGCUAGAACUUGGGACAUGUAUAAUCCAAGCUCUGUCCACAAAUAUUCGGGCAAGCCUGCAACUUAUAAAUUGUGGUCUACUUUCUGCUCGCCAUUAUUGGCUCAAGAAGGUUCGUUGGUUAGAAAGAGAGCACCAUGGGCUGCUAGUCAUACUCAAGUUGUGCCUUACGUUGAUGAUAAACUUGGUUAUGGUAGAUUGUAUCCUUCGGGUGAUCAUGUUCCUCAAUGGAGUGGUGAUGGAUUAAGAGGUAUGAGAGAAUGGAUUGGUGACGGUACUGAUAAAGUUGAAAACACUGAUAUAUUGUUGUUCCAUACUUUUGGUAUUACCCAUUUCCCAGCCCCAGAAGAUUUCCCAGUUAUGCCAACGGAAAUUUUCGAUUUACAAUUAAGACCAAGAAAUUUUCAUACCGAAAACCCGGUAUUGGAUGUGAAGCCAUCAUAUGCUAGAACAACUUCUGAAGUUAAAGCUGGUGCUAAAGGCGUCGAUACUUGCACUUUGAAUGUUGACAAAUCUUCUAGAUUAGCCUUUGAUGAUGGCUCUUGUUGUAAAAAAUAA